AGCGUCAGAGUGUGUACCCGUCUCGUGAUAUCCCAAAUCCAUGGCGAGCCCGCCGCGAUCCCCGCAGCCGGCGGAGCUGGAGAUCUCGCGCCAGUCCCGUAUCCUCGCGGCGCUGUCGAAGAAGGUGAUAGAUCUCGAUGAGCUGCGGAUGCUUGCGGCUCAGGGCGUCCCCGACGGCGCCGGUGUCCGGUCGACUGUGUGGAAGCUGCUACUGAGCUAUCUGCCCAAUGAUCGUGCACUUUGGGAGCAGGAGUUGGCAAAAAAGAGGUCACAAUAUGAAGCCUUCAAAGACGAGUUCCUUACCAACACUGUAGGUGGAAAUAGCGCGGCUGGAGGAUCAGAAGGCCACGGUGGCGGAAAUGCAGAGCACGUCGAGAAUGGGUUUCUUGACAGGUCGGAGAUAGCCCAAGAUGAUCAUCCUUUGAGCCUUGGGAAGACCAGCGAAUGGAAUCAGUUUGCUGAGUAUUCAGAGAUAAUCGAGCAGGUUGACCGUGAUGUAAAACGCACUCACCCUGACAUGCAUUUCUUCUGUGGAGACUCUUCUUUUGCAAAGUCAAAUCAGGAUUCUCUGAGAAAUAUAUUAAUCAUCUUUGCCAAGCUGAAUGCUGGGAUAAGAUACGUGCAAGGAAUGAAUGAAAUUUUGGCGCCACUCUUCUUUGUAUUUCGGAAUGAUCCAGAUUAUAAAAAUUCUAACUUUGCCGAAGCCGAUUCUUUCUUUUGCUUCGUGGAGUUACUUAGUGGUCUUAGAGACAACUUCUGCCAGAAGCUAGACAACAGUGCUGUCGGAAUUCGAGGGACGCUGUCCAAAUUAAUGCAACUCCUGAAGAAGUAUGAUGGAGAACUUCAGCACCACUUGGAAAUAACUACAGAAGUUAAUCCCCAGUUCUACGCGUUCAGGUGGAUAACACUGCUGUUAACCCAGGAAUUCAACUUUGCCGAUACUAUUCAUAUAUGGGACACACUGUUAAGUGACCCCGAUGGUCCUCAGGAAACCUUGCUGAGAAUAUGUUGCGCAAUGCUGAUCCUCGUCCGGAAACGGCUCCUUGCCGGCGAUUUCACCUCCAACCUCAAGCUUCUGCAGAGCUACCCUCCGACGAACAUCGGCCACCUCCUCUACGUUGCAAACAAGCUGCAGUGAAUGCUCAUCUGUUCGCUUAAUACUGUAACUGGAGUACCAAUAUAUUUCUUCAGUGAAAUCUGUAAUAUGAUUUUGUUGGCACCGCAAAACUGAACUUCUGUAGUAAUUGUGUUUUUUUUGUAUCGUAUGUCCAAGUUCAUUAAUAUGAUUUGCCAAUGACAA